AUGGAAUAUCACUUUUUCUUUGAAUGCGAUGGUUGUGGUUCUGACUUCCUAGUUAAAUACCGCUACAAGUGUUUGAAGUGCGACACGUAUAAUCUGUGCCAGACUUGCUACGACAACAAGGUAACUACAUUACACCAUCACUUGGGACACGCCAUGCAGUGUUUGCUGGACCCGGAGGCCAGGAGACUGCACUUUUCCGGUGAGCCAAUGCCAGUGCUGUGCGCCGAGAGCUUCACCUGUCCCCUCUGCGGCAUUAUGGGCCACACGGACAUCGAACUGAUGAAGCAUGCGCGCGAGAAGCAUCACGACGAUUGGACCCUCGUUACUUGUCCUUUGUGCGCGGCAACGGCCUCGGGCGAUCCCUAUCCAUUGCGCAACAUUUCGGAACAUUUUCGCUCCCACCAUGGCAGCACAGCGGGCAUUCUACGUAACAAUCCACGGGUCAACGUUGAACGCAAUGCACCACCGGAGGCUGACAUUGAUCUGGCCGAAGCCUGGCCAUUAAACCUCACUUCUGCGUUGCGCCCCUCGAAUAAUUAUAGUCCAGAUCCGUUUCCCGAGAUUCCGGCUGGGUUACCUUUUCUCGAUUUGAGCGACGAGGAGUAUGUCUAA